AUGGACGCCAAAUCCCUCUUGCGAGCCAAAAAGGCCGAGGCCCGCAUUACCCACCCCUACGCGACAUACAACGCUUCCGGUGUCUUGCGCUGUUCCAUCUGUGCCGUACCAGCAGUGAAGCAAUGGGACGCGCAUCUGUUGACGAAACAACACCGAACAUCGGUAGCUCGCGAAAAGGCCGAGAAGGAGAAGGCUGAGAGGGUCAAGCGGCCGAGAGGGGAUGAAGCUGAGCCUUCCUCCAAGCGACCGAAAGUCCAGCCACAACCUUCUACAGGGCCAUCGAAUCUACCAGCGGGAUUCUUCUCAGCUGGCAACGCUCCCCCGCCGCAAGAGCCAGAACCUGAACCCGAAGUCGAAAUGUCAGCGCCGGUGGUACCGCCUCCAAAGACAGGAGACGCAGAUCUGGACGACUUUUUCGCUUCCCUAGCGGAUGAUACCCCCGCCCCUGUAUCUUCUACUGCUGCGCCGCCUACAGCGGCUACACAAGCGGCUAGAAGGAAGACGUAUCAGGAAGAUCUCAUUCCCGGCCAGGCGAGCUAUGAGGCGGCGCCGGUGAGGAAUGUUCCGAAGGAGGAAGAGGCGGCGCAGGAACCAGAGGAGGAAGAGACGGAAGGAGAGAGGAAGGAGAGGCUGGAAAGGGAGGAGAGGGAGGAGAUUGUGCAACGGUUAGAGGAUGAGGAGCGGGCUCAAGAGGACGCGGACUCGAGAGUUACAGCUUUAAAACAGAGGAUGGAGCUGAUGAAGAAGAAGAGAGAAGCGAGGGCGAAUGCAAAGGGCAAGGGGAAAGCCAACGGCGCUUGA